GUGGCCUUGCACACAUCCCACUCUGAGUCCAAAUGUUCUCUCCCUGGAAGACACCAAUGUUUCUGUCUGUUCGUGAGGACUCCAUGCCCACCACGGCCUCUUUCAGUGACGUCAUUGGAGAGGAGGUUAUAUAAUUGAAAGCAACCACAUUUCCACAGAGCUUCCCAGAAGAGAAAACACCUCCCAAGGCAGCUCUCACUAUCAGAAAACCCAACUAAAGUUGUGAACGCCUUUCUUUUCUGCCUGAGCCACUGCAUGGCAUCCUGGCCCCCUCUAGAGCUGCAGUCCUCCAACCAGAGCCAGCUGUUCCCUCAAAAUGCUACAGCCUGUGACAAUGCUCCGGAAGCCUGGGACCUGCUGCACAGAAUGCUGCCGACAUUUAUCAUCUCCAUCUGUUCCUUCGGCCUCCUAGGGAACCUUUUCGUCCUGUUGGUCUUCCUCCUGCCCAGGCGACGACUGAACGUGGCAGAAAUCUACCUGGCCAACCUGGCGGCCUCUGAUCUGGUGUUUGUCUUGGGUUUGCCUUUCUGGGCAGAGAACAUUUGGAACCAGUUUAACUGGCCUUUCGGAGCCCUCCUCUGCCGUGUCAUCAACGGGGUCAUCAAGGCCAAUUUGUUCAUCAGCAUCUUCCUGGUGGUGGCCAUCAGCCAGGACCGCUACUGCAUGCUGGUGCACCCUAUGGCCAGCCGGAGGCGGCAGCGGCGGAGGCAGGCCCGGGUCACCUGUGUGCUCAUCUGGGUUGUGGGGGGCCUCUUGAGCAUCCCCACAUUCCUGCUGCGAUCCAUCCAAGCCGUCCCAGAUCUGAACAUCACCGCCUGCAUCCUGCUCCUCCCCCAUGAGGCCUGGCACUUUGCAAGGAUUGUGGAGUUAAAUAUUCUGGCUUUCCUCCUACCACUGGCUGCGAUCGUCUUCUUCAACUACCAUAUCUUGGCCUCCCUGCGAGGGCGGGAGGAGGUCAGCAGGACAAGGUGCGGGGGCCGCAAGGAUAGCAAGACCACAGCACUGAUCCUCACGCUUGUGGUGGCCUUCCUGGUCUGCUGGGCCCCUUACCACUUCUUUGCCUUCCUGGAAUUCUUAUUCCAGGUGCAAGUAGUCCGAGGCUGCUUUUGGGAGGACUUCAUUGACCUGGGCCUGCAAUUGGCCAACUUCUUUGCCUUCACCAACAGCUCCCUGAAUCCAGUCAUUUAUGUCUUUGUGGGCCGGCUCUUCAGGACUAAGGUCUGGGAACUUUAUAAACAAUGCACCCCUAAAAGUCUUGCUCCAAUAUCUUCAUCCCACAGGAAAGAAAUCUUCCAACUUUUCUGGCGGAAUUAAAACAGCAUUGAACCAA